UCGUAUUGAGUUGAAUACAGUUUGCAUGAAAUAAUAACAAGAUUUGUGUUCAAUAUUUUGAAUGGUUUACUAAAUAGUGACAAAUAAUGAAUAAAUCGGUUGCAAUGAGUGGUGAAAGCAGUAGUAAUAGUGGUGUGAAUGGUGUGACGGGUUUGGACUGUACUAACGCUAGUCGUGGCGUUUGGUUAGUCAAAGUGCCGAAGUAUAUGAGCAACAAAUGGCAAAAAGCACUUCCACUCACAGAAGUCGGCCGACUGUCCAUCACUAAGUCAUCCUCCGGACGGCCGGAGAUAUUAUUCAAUUUAUCACAAGAAGUGACCAAAAGUGAGACAAACGACUCCUCGGCGGUGAAACAAGUGAUGAUUCCGACCGAACAUCAGUUCGCCAUCUCUGACAUUAAGAACCAAACGCUCGCCGUUUUCUCCCAGAUGUCAGAGGAGUCGUCCACAUCAGGUCUGGCACUGGAGGGCAAUGUUGUCCAGAAGGGCGAGUGUCGGCCCAUCGGUAACGAUAACUACAUGAACCUGAAGAAGGAGACCAUAAGAAAGGCCUCACAACCGGCCAGAACUGUGCAACAGUUGGAUAGGGCUGUCAUCAACUAUAAGCCAAUCUCAGCGCACAAAUCAGAUGUGAUUCACAACUUAUUGUUGGAUUUCGAGUUGAAAAAGAAAUCUGAGGGCAAAAAGUCACGCGAAGACAAGGAUAAGGUUCAGGACAUGUUAUUCUCAGCCUUCGAGAAACACCAAUACUAUAACAUUAAAGACUUGGAGAGAGUCACUCGACAGCCAAUUCCAUACCUUAAAGAGAUACUCAAAGAGAUUUGUCACUACAACGCAAAGAAUCCACACAAGAAUAUGUGGGAAUUGAAGCCAGAGUUCAGACAUUACAAACAAAACCAAAGCUAAUACGACAACACAUUAAAAGCAAUAAAAUGUUUUAUUUAAAAAAUGUCAUUAUUUACAUAAUCUUUUCAAUACAAAUAUGGAUUAUCUCUAAAAUAAAAAAUACGAUUAAAAAACUAUUCUC